GUGGGCCUUUUAUCAUACUGGAGAGAAACCUUAUGUGUGUGAAGUAUGCAAGAAGUGAUUUUUGUGUAAAAAGUAAUUUAAAUAAACAAUUGCUUAUUCAUGCAGGAGAGAAACCUUAUGAGUGGGAAGUGUGUAGGAAGUCAUUUAGACUUAAGCAUAGCUUAAGCAAGCAUAUGCUUAUUCACACAGGAGAGAUAUAUUAUGUGUGUGAAGUAUGUAAUAAGUCAUUUAGUCAAAAGUGUAGUUUAAACAACAAUAUGUUCCUUCACACAGAAGAGAAACUUUAUAUGUGUGAAGAAUGUAAGAAGGCAUUUAGAUUUAAGCAUAGUUUAAACAGGCAUAUGCUUAUUCACACAGGAGAGAAACCUUGUGUUUGUCAAGUAUGCAAGAAGUCAUUUAGUGUAAAACAUAGUUUAAACAACCAUAUGCUCAUUCACACAGGAGAGAAACCUUAUAUGUGUGAAGUAUGUAAGAAGCCAUUUAGACAUAAGGAGAGUUUAAGCAAGCAUAUGCUUGUUCACACAGGAGAGAAACCUUAUGUUUGUGAGGUAUGUAUGAAAUCAUUUAGACUUAAGGAGAGCUUAAGCAAGCAUAUGCUUAUUCACACAGGAAAAAAACCUUAUGUUUGUGAAGUAUGUAUGAAAUCAUUUCGACAAAAGUGUAAUUUAAACACGCAUAUGCUUAUUCACACAGACGAGAAACCUUAUGACUGUGAAGUAUGUAAGAAGUCAUGUAAUCAAAAGUGGAAUUUAAAAACACAUGUGCUUAUUCAUACAGAAGAGAAACCUUACGUUUGUGAUGUAUGUAAGAAGUCAUUUCGUCAAAAAUGUAGUUUAAACAACCAUAUGCUCCUUCACACAGGAGAGAAACCUUAUAUGUGUGAAGAAUGUAAGAAGGCAUUUAGAUUUAAGCAGAGUUUAAACAGGCAUAUGCUUAUUCACACAGGAGAAAAAUCUUGUGUGUGUGAAGUAUGUAACAAGGCAUUUAGAUUUAAUCAUAGUUUAAACAACCAUAUGCGCAUUCACACAGGUGAGAAACCUUGUGUGUGUGAAAUAUGUCAGAUGGCAUUUAGAGUUAAGCUGAGUUUAAGCAGGCAUAUGCUUAUACACACAGGAGAGAAACCUUAUGAAUGUGAAGUAUGUAAGAUGUCAUUUAAUCAAAAGACAAAUUUAAACAAGCAUAUGCUUAUUCAUGCAGAAAAGGAAAUUUAUGCUUGUGAAGUAUGUAAAGAAUCAUUUAGUGUUAAGCAAAAUUUAAACAGGCAUAUGCUUAUUCACACAGAAGAGAAACCUUAUGUUUGUGAUGUAUGCAAGAAGUCAUUUAGUGAAAAAUGUAGUUUAAAUGACCAUGCGGUCAUUCACACAGGAGACAAACCUUAUGUGUAUGAAGUAUGUAAGAGAAAUCAUUUAGUCGAAAGUGUAAGUUAAACAACUAUAUGCUCAUUCACACAGGAGGGAAACCUUGUGUGUAUGAAGUAUGCAAGAAGAGAUUUAGUCAUAAGGAUAAUUUAAACAGCCAUAUGAUUAUUCACACAGGAGAGAAACCUUAAAUUUUAGGGACAGUCAAUUCCAUCUAUUGCAAUAAAAAUUGUAAUUUAAAGUCUAAACACUGCACAGAAUAUAUUACUGAUGUCUAAACAUUGAAACUGUCUGAUGUGCUUUGUUAUAGACAAAAAAUGUAUGUUUGUCAUUAUUACAUGAUGGGCAAAUUUUGCUAUGUUUCUUUUGCCCAUAGAAAUCAUGGGUUGAGCUGCUGUCAGAGAAUUAAGAGAAACUUCGUAUGUGUGAAUUAUGUAAGAAGUCAUGUAAGGAAAAAGAUAGUCUGAAGCACUUUAUGCUUAUAUGUAGGGCAGAAGUCUCACCUAUCUAACAAAUGAUUUAGAGGAAAGAAUAAUUUAAAUAAGCAUAUCCAUGCUAAUAUAUCGGAGAAAACUUUUUUUAUAUAUAUAAAAAUGUAUUUAUUCUAAAAUGUGAAUUAAAUAUCUAUAUCAAUAGAGAAGAGAAAUCUCAUAAGUCAUAUGAGUAGAAGAAUUUAUAGAAACCAAUUUUUCUAUAUUGAAGUGGUCGUGUGUGGUUUGUUAUGUUUAAUAGCAAUCUGUAAUUGCAAAUGCAGAAAGGAAUUGUCCAUGAAUAAAUCCUCAUUAUGUGAAGUCAGUUUUGGUUCAUUUCUACGAGGCAGGCUCCUAUAGGACAGAAUUUAGGUGCAUUAACAUUCAUAGAAAUUUCAGUGGUGCUCAGUGGCAGAAUUUAGGAUUUGCGUGUGUUAUCUGGUUGGUAAAAGCUGACAACUGAACCUGUGUAAGGGAGGUAACUUGUAAUUUUAUCAGUAGGAAUAAUAAAUCAUCUAUUUGUUUCCCCAAGAGAAUAAACUUGGUACAUGCAAAAUAAAUAUAAAGUCAUUUAAAGGAACUACUGAUUUGAAGUAGCAUUUACUAUUCCAAGUAAAACUAGACCUUCUUGAGCAUAUAAGUUUUAUUUUUGCCUUUAUUACAGCUGUGCGCAUAUAGAUUUCAGUAGAUUUUUUCUUACUCGUAGAUGUCCUUUCUUUAUAUUUGGCACCUAGUAAAGUGCAUUAUGGUGAUUAUAUACUUGUUACCACUUUAAAAUGCUUCUAAUAAUGAAAUGAAGAAAGGUAGAAUGGCUCAGCCAUAUGUGUACUGUAACUUAUGUAUACUUUGUGUUAAAUUUGCUUUCUCAGUUUAAUGCAGAUACCUAUCACAGCUUUCUAUUUAUUAAUUUAAGUGUGAUGGAUUGGGCAUGUGAUGAAAUAGUGUAUUAGGUACUUUUAUUUUUGUUGUAAAUAUCCUGAAGACCAUGAUUACCUACCUACAGUAGCACAUCCAUGCUGCAGUGCAUAACGUUCACAAAAGGGUUGCCUGAUGCAACAUUGGAAAUAUAAUACAGGGUUUCCUCAUAUUACAUUGCAAAUGAAAAAUGUUUUCAGUGAAAUUUGUAACAUGCCAAGUAGAGCAACCCCAUGUAUAUAAAGUAUGUAAAAAGACAUUCGGAAGAAUGAGUCAUUGAAAAAAUAAAUUUUAAUGCAGGUAAGAAAUCUAUAUGUAUUACAUAUUUACUCAAAACUCUUCUGUGGGGUUUUUGUUUAUUUUACUUGAAUAAAAUGAAUAAAUCUUCA